UUACAAGCCUUUUGAUUGGUCGAAUAUUUACUAACUCUUUAAAUUGGAGGAGUAAAACACGUCAUCGAAAAAAUGGCGAGUAAUUGGCGAAAUGGAAGAGGUUAAUGUGUAUCUGAAGUAGUACUAACCCAUCCAAUCUGUAGCCUUGUAGUAUCUAUAGGAAAAAGUAGCAAUCACAUAUAACAACCUCAAGCAAUCAACCUGGUCUACUGUCUAUCUGAAGACAAUGGCAUCAAUCUCAGAAAAAGGGUCAAUGGAGGACCAUUUGGUGGAUGAAAAUCAGCGAAUGAGUGAAAAUUUGGCCCAGAAGGUUAAUAGACUAAAAGGGAUUGCAUUUGAUAUGGAAUCAGAAACAAAAGAUCAGAACAGAUUUAUAGAUGGUGUGGAUGAUGACUUUAACAGUACAACCGGACUACUUUCUGGGAGUUUUGGCCGCAUCACACACAUGGUACAGUCGGGAAAAGGCAACAGGAAAAUGCAGUGUUAUAUUAUUCUAGGACUAGUCGGACUAUUUUUCAUCGCAUAUUUUCUGAUCUCGCGUGUAAGAACUGGAUAA